UUCUCACGCACGCCCCCCAGCGCAGCGCCCGCAGCUAGGCAGCUAGCCAAACACAGCCCCAAGCCCCCGCCCGCACCGAAACCUCGUCGCGUCGCGCGGAAGAGAGGAGAGGGGCGGGGGCCGAGAAGGGAAUACCGCUGCGGAUUCCCUCGUCCUCCACCGCCGCUAAACCCUCCCGUGCUCCUCCGCGGGCGCGGGACGCCGAGCGCGAAAGGCGCCCGCUCUCGGCCCGCCGCACCCCGCACUCGCACUCGCGCCGCGAGGGGAAACCCUAGCCGCGGCAGAUCUAGAGCGGGCGCUCUCGAUCUGGCCGCGUAGACCCCGUUUCGGCCGGGGAAAUGGCGGAGGAUCCUGCCGCGGAACAGGAGAUGCGUCAGCUAGAGGACCGGCUCAGGGAGGUCGGGGAACGGCUGCAGGCGCCACCCGACGACGCGGAGGACCUGCUCAACCUCCUCAUCGAAAUUGAGGAGUGUUUACAUAAAGUAGAGCAGUCACCUCCUGAAAGCACAUCGAAUGCUCUUCGCCCAGCAACUGAAGCUCUGGUCAAGAAAGACCUGCUGGGCCAUGCUAAUUCAAAUGUUAGACUUGGCGUGGCAUCAUGCAUAUCUGAGAUCACACGUAUCACAGCGCCUGAUGCUCCAUAUGAUGACGAUGCAAUGAAGGAUGUAUUCUCUUUAAUUGUGGGGGCCUUCGAGGAUCUGGAUGACGUAGAGAGCCCCUUCUUUGAAAGAAGAACUUCAAUUCUUGAUACUGUGGCAAAAGUUCGGUCCUGCGUGGUGAUGCUAGAUCUUGAAUGUGAUGAUUUGAUAAAUGAUAUGUUCCAUCACUUCUUGAGGACUGUUAAUUCUGGACAUUCAGAAGCUGUCAUAUCCUGCAUGGAAACAAUAAUGAGAUUGGUAAUCGAGGAGAGUGAGGAUGUCCAACCACAGAUUGCUUCAUGUCUACUCCAAAAUGUUAGAAAAGAAGAAAAGGAAUCUUCUUCACCUUCCUUUGAGCUUGCUGAAAAAGUGAUAGAUGCAUGCCGUGAAAAACUUAAGCCAGUCUUUCUGCAAUCACUAAAAGGCACUUCCUUGAGCGAAUACAGCCAAAUUGUUGCAUCAGUUUGUGAAGAGGUUUCAGAUGACAGGGAAGAUAACAAUGCUGAUCCUUCUGGGAAGGAUAUGGUGGAUGAUGGCAAGCUCUCUGAAAGGACUAUUUCUGAUGAAUUACCUCAGGAAUCUUCAAAGGCUGAGCAAGAUGUUAGCCGUCCUGAACAAGAUGGUACUUCUAUGAAUGGUAAUACAGGUACUGCUAUUAGCAGUGGUGCUGCUCCACCAGAUACUGGUGAGUCUGAUGAUCAAGGACCACCUUCUACAAAAGAGAAGAUUGAAAAACUUUGCAAUGAUGAAAACAUAGCAGAUGCUGAUCAGUUGAAAACUGACCACAAUGAAGGUGCUGAUUUCAAUGCAGCAAAGCCCAAAAAGAAAGCUGCCCUUGAUUCAGACAAAAGUACUAAGAAUGAAGAUCUUAGUACACCUACUAAUUGUGAAGCAAUUGUGGAUUCUGAUGCUGACACUAAGAAGGGAGAUCUUGUAGCAUCUGCAGAAGGUACCAAUGGAGCAGCUGAUGAUGCAUCAAGGCCUGCUGAUAGUACACCUACUAAACCAAAGCGAGGCCGUCCUCCUGGCCCAAAGUCAUCGCAGACGAAGGCUGCUGGAAAGGAUCAGUCUUCAGGUUUGGAUUUGAAAAAGGUCGAGGAGGCAGGUGAUUCAGCUGCGAAGUUGGCGAAACGAUCAGCUAAGGAUGAGAAGUCUUCCGCAAAGAAGGCUGGUGAAGGAGAAUCGUCUAAGAAGACUCAAAAGAACAACUCAAAACAGCAGAAGGAUGAAACUCUUUCUGAGGAUGAUCCUGCCAAGGAUCUGAUCAUAAAGGAAAUGAUAUCGCCGAAAUCUUCGACCAAGGGCCCAGGUAGAAUCAAAGGGCAAAGCACAGAGAAUAACACACCUAAGAUGAAGCAAGAACAAGAAACUGAAGAGCCUCCCCGUUCAAGGAAAAGCAAAGGCCUUGAUAGAAGUCUAGUUGGUGCAAGGAUCAAAGUUUGGUGGCCAGAUGACAAGAUGUUCUACAAUGGUGUUGUGGAGUCAUUUGAUUCUGUUUCUAAGAGGCACAAGGUCGCAUAUGAUGAUGGGGAUGUAGAGGUACUACUGCUGAGGGAUGAAAAGUGGGAAUUCAUCAGUGAGGAGAAGGGAGCUUCUGUGGCAUCUGAAAAGCCACGAGGCAGAAAAAGGAAAGUGGAUGCGGUGAAGGAAGAAAAUACAGAAACACCUAGAAGUGAUGCUGUGGAUACUCCAAAGAAAAGAGGACGUCCAAAAGGCGUGCGAUCCAGCAAUGGGACACCAAGUAAUUCAGCUACUCCAAGCACGAAGGGGAAAACUGCCGGCAAGGGUGCCAAAGAAACACCUAAAACUGGCCCCAACCUUAAAAAGGAACUUGAGAAGAGCUCCAAGGGCAAAGCUAGUGUAUCAACUGAGACAAAUGAUGAAUUGCCUAAAGAUGAUGAUAAGAGUGCGACCAAACCUAAGGAGGCUAUUAGCAAAGGUAAGGAUUCAAAAGAUGAAGGGAAAUCCACUGAAGGAAAAGCUAGGCCAGGUCGGAAACCAAGAAAUGCUGGUACUCCCCUGAAGAGUGAUGCUGACAAAGAGAAGCGGAAGGAGAAAGAAGUCAAGGCAGCUGAAAUAGAGCAGGAGGCAUCAGGAAAUGCUUCUACAGGAAAGUCAGGGAAUGCUUCUACAGGAAAGAAGCGCAGAAGGAAGGCUUGAAGUUAACACUGAUGAACUUCUCUUGUAAAUGGAUGUGCUCCCUAGGUUUGCUCCUUUAGGCAGAGGCGUUGGCGCUGCACCUUGUACUAUUGAGCGUUAACUCGAAAUUUCGUCUGAUUGGUCUCUAUUAGUUAGGUGUGGAAGCAACAUUUGCUAUAGCUGUAAUGUUAGGAGUAACAUGUGUUCGUUGUGGUCAGAUCCAUGUUGCAUUGGCGCUGAGCCUUAAGCGGAAUGAACCCUAUGCUCGCUGUGAGGCCCAUGGCAUCGUGUUGUCGGGUGGUGUUGUAGCUUAUUGAUGUUCUAUUUAUUAUAACCAAUUUAAGCAGUGGAUUUUGUAGCAAAUGCACCUUUUUAACUAGGAUCUUGGCCUGUUUUUCAAGUUCAA